AUGGCGCCCAUGGAGAGGUGGGUCUUCCUGGAGCUAGAGUACCAGGUCCGGACACUGUUCGUCAGUGGCCUCCCCGUGGACAUUAAGCCCAGAGAACUUUAUCUACUUUUCCGGCCAUUCAAGGGUUACGAAGGGUCUCUGAUCAAGCUCACCUCCAGACAGCCUGUUGGUUUUGUGAUCUUUGACAGCCGGGCAGGAGCCGAAGCAGCUAAGAAUGCACUGAAUGGUAUUCGAUUUGAUCCUGAGAACUCACAGACCCUGAGGCUAGAGUUUGCCAAAGCCAACACCAAGAUGGCCAAGAGCAAGCUAAUGGCAACACCAAAUCCUGCCAACGUUCACCCCGCCCUCGGAGCACAUUUCAUCGCCCGGGACCCCUAUGACCUGAUGGGGGCUGCUUUGAUCCCUGCAUCCUCAGAGGCCUGGGCUCCUUACCCUCUGUACACCACAGAGCUGACCCCGGCCAUCUCCCAUUCAGCAUUCACCUACCCUGCUGCCACUGCUGCUCUCCAUGCUCAGGUGCGCUGGUACCCCUCCUCUGAUAGCGCCCAGCAAGGAUGGAAGUACCGCCAGUUCUGUUAGUUUUUUUGGUCUUGUUCACCAGGGAGUUGGUUCUGGGACUGUGUGGUGGGGCCAGAGCAGGACCCAGACUUCCGUUCCCCUGCACAGCUGCCGCUGCCCUGCCGACACUGUGAAUCUUAAGCCUGCCUCAGCGGACCCCUCUCCCCUUCCCCAGCCCUGCUCCGCCCCACCCCACAGCCCGGCUCCAAAACCUUCCAGGCCCAUUGGGGAACUUCUGGCUGAGACACCCCAAACCCUGCUCAGAAGCCUCACCAGGACCCCAGCCUGGCCUGACUUCCCACACAAACUCCCUUCCAUAGCUCUCCCCUCAAGGGAACGAGGCGUUUAAUUUUGCAUGUUCUCUGGCACAGCUUUAAGACACUUCAAACUUGUGUAUAUGUGAGUGUACACUGUUCCCACACUGUCGCCAUAGCAACAGGUCCUGGCACUCAGGGUUCAUCAUGCCUGGUCCUCUCCACACCCGGCCUCCAGACCCACCCUGAGCCCAGUGGCCACUUCUCCCUGAGGGCCCAGCGCCCCACUGUCCCCCAACAAGUCCAGGCCUGACCACUCCCCCA